AUGUCCAAAAUGGCCCAAGUCAACGGUGACCUCCCGGCUGUCAACUCGGCCACUGCCCAGCACUUGCUGGAUUACCCCGUGGUCCACGAUGGCGUCGUUGCCUUCAGGAACAACCCGUACGGCAAGAGAUCCAUCGCCCUGGGUGACUCUGCCUACAAGACGUUCGCCGAACCCCUCCUCCCUUACUUCGCCCGUCCCUGGUCAAUCAUCCGCCCGUACGCCGAGAAGGCCGACAGCAUCGGCGACCAGACUCUGACCAAGGUCGAGGAGCGUGUCCCCGUCAUCAAGAAGCCUACCGACGAGCUGGUCGCUGGUGCCAAGGGCAUCAUUGCCCUGCCCUUCCGCACCGGCUACGAGGCCAAGGACCACGUCUUCAAGACAUACUCCCAGGAGAAGAAGAAGAUUGGCGGCGAGAACCUCGUCACCUACGGCAAGGCCCUCGUCAGCACCACCCUCAUCACCACCAGCGAACUCAUCAUCUGGGUCGGCGACGUCAUCCACUACAAGAAGGAGGAGGCCAAGGACGUUGUGAACGAGAAGGUCAACAACUAA